CAACUCUAUAAAAUAAACCCCCGUACCGUGACGGGAAAAUAAAUUUACGCACAAAAAGUCGCUACAGAAAAACUGUAGUACUUUUACUUUACGUUACGUCUUACCGACUAAGUAAUAAAUGUUUACUAAAAUGGAUAAUCUAAAAUUAAUAGGACUAGUGAAACAACACGAAUAUCUCUUUAACAAAUAUGACAAGGAUUUUAGGAAUGUAGACAAAAAAAAAACCACUUGGCAGCGGAUAGCUCGCGAGAUGGGCAUAAAUGAAUCAAUUUGUAUACGUCGUUGGUUAAAUUUACGUGACAGAUUCGCAAGAGAAAUCAGGAGAAUGACUGCACUUGUAAAUAAUGACAUGACAACAACACAUAUCUGGGUUCUAUAUGAUGAUAUGGAGUUUUUAAAGCCACAUAUAAUACCGAGAGCAAUUCGACAGAUUCCAAAUUUUGGGCUGAAAGCUUUUGAAGAAAAUAGCAGCGGUGAUCAAGAGACAUAUAUCGUGGAACAAGAUGAUACUGUCGACUGUAAUUCUGUGAAUACAGAUCCAUUCCAGUUUAAAGCUGCAGAUUCACUAAUGUCAGAGCAUGAGAUGGAACAUGAAGAGGUUGAAGAGCUUCUUCCAAACGAAUCGCAUUAUUCAACGUCGCAAUCAAAAAACCAGAUCACUGGCAGGACAAGUGAACUAAAAGAGUCUCAACCAAAUUCGUCAAAAUUUGCAAAUCAACAAAUUAACGAAAAACCACAACAUUCUCAAUUUGACGUUGAGUUUGAGAUAAAAUCUGCUUUGGGGAUGUUUAAACAAGUAUGUGGUGAAAUAAAAACUACGCGUCACCGAAAUCCUGCAGUACAAGGUUUCGGUCAAAUGAUUGUGGAAACUAUAAGUAGUAUGAGCGAUCGGAAACAAGCACUGGCUAUGCAAAAAGUUACUGAAAUAGUAAUGAACAUUAAAAUGGAGGAAGCGAACGAAUUAUAAUAAAGAAAUUCUUAUUAUGUGACAAUAUAUUUAUGAUUAAUUUAAGGUUUAGUGUAUAAAAUGAAUAAAAUAUAAGUUAAUUUUUCA